AUGAAUUUCAGCGGUUUCCUCCACAACGACGACGGUGGUGAAAACCAUUUCUCUUCUUCAGCCGCCGCUAUGCCCGGUGGUCUCGUUAAAUCCAUCUUCUCUUCUCCUCGUCUCUCUCUCGGUCUCCAAACGAGUGUAGAAAACAACGGAGGAGUUAGGGGUAGAACCGGCGAGAGUUUCGAGGUGAGUGUUACUCGGAGAAGUCCGGAGAGCAGAUCUGGAAGCGACAACGCCGACGCAUUCUCCGGCGAUGAUGACGUAGACGCCUCUAACAGACCUUCAAAGAAGAAGAAACGUUACCACCGACAUACUCCUCAACAAAUACAAGAACUCGAAUCGGUUUUCAAGGAGUGUCCUCAUCCCGAUGAGAAGCAACGGCUCGAUCUUAGCCACCGGCUUAACUUGGAUACUCGCCAAGUCAAGUUCUGGUUCCAAAACCGCCGUACACAAAUGAAGACUCAAAUUGAGCGACAUGAAAACUCUUUGUUGAGACACGAAAACGAUAAGCUCCGAGCAGAAAACAUGUCUGCAAGAGAAGCCAUGAGGAAUCCGAUGUGCGGUCACUGCGGUGGCUCCGCCGUUCUCGGCGAGAUCUCUAUUGAAGAGCAUCACUUAAGAAUCGAGAACUCACGCCUUAAAUACGAACUUGAACGUGUCUGUGCCUUAGCCGGAAGAUUCAUUAACCGGUUUGACGAUGAUGCAACCGGUUUACAUGAUCAAUCACCAAACUCCACACUCAAACUCGGUCUCGGCUCUAGAAACGGUUAUGGUGGUGAUGGUGGCGGUGGCGGUUUUGCUCUUGUCCCUCCUGGAUUCGAGAAUUCACCGUCUCCCUUCUACUCCAGUUUAGCAGCAAUGGUUAACCGUACCGGUACGAAUGCUGCCUCCGGACUCGAUCAGAAGUCGUUGUAUCUGGAACUAGCUCUUUCCGCAAUGGACGAGCUCGUGAAAAUGGCGCAGACGAGCGAGCCGCUUUGGAUCCCAAGCGCAACAGGGAAGCAAGAAAUGCUUAACCGAGAGGAAUACGAAAAAAUUUCCACACGUUGCCUCGGUGAUAAACCGGAUGGGUUUGUUUCGGAAGCUUCUAAAGAAGUUGGAAUGGUCAUCAUCAAUAGCUUAGCCCUCGUCGAGACCUUAAUGGACUCGGAACGAUGGGCGGAGAUGUUUCCAUGUAUGAUUGCAAGAAAUUCUACUACCGAAAUAAUCUCUAGUGGAAUGGGAGGGACAAGAAACGGUGCUCUUCACCUGAUGCAAGCAGAGCUUCAGUUGCUAUCACCACUAGUGCCGGUUCGUCAAGUGACUUUCAUAAGGUUUUGUAAACAACUCGCUGAAGGUGUUUGGGCGGUCGUGGAUGUCUCUGUCGACAGGAUAAGCGAUUCAGCAGCCUCGGCUCCGGCUUCUACGAGCUGUAGAAGGCUGCCCUCUGGUUGUCUCGUGCAAGACAUGCCCAAUGGCUACUCUAAGGUAACAUGGAUUGACCACACGGAGUACGACGAGAGCAACAUCCACCAAUUGUACCGUCCGUUAGUCAGCUCCGGUCUUGCCUUCGGCUCCAAACGGUGGAUAUCAGCUCUGCAACGACAAUGCGAAAGCCUCACCAUCCUCAUGUCCUCAACACUCCCACCCAACCGCAACAAACCCACACCCAUAAGCUCUAUAGGGAAGAAGAGCAUGUUAAAGCUAGCACAAAGAAUGACUGAGAAUUUCUGUAGAGGCGUGUGUGCUUCAUCAUCUCAGAAAUGGAGCAGGCUUGAAGUUGAUAACAUCGAUGAAGACGUGAGAAUCAUGACGAGGAAGAAUGUGGAUGAUCCCGGCGAACCACCGGGUAUUCUUCUGAGCGCCGCCACCUCCGUAUGGGUCCCGGUUUCACCAAGACGGCUCUUUGAUUUCCUCAGAGAUGAGCUUUUGAGAUCGGAAUGGGAUAUUCUGUUCAACGGUGGACCAAUGCAGGAAAUUGCUCUCAUCCCCAAGGGCCAACAUCACUCCAAUUCCGUCUCCCUCCUCCGAUCCACCGCGAUUAAUGAGAAUCAGAGCAGCAUGUUAAUACUGCAAGAGACGAGCAUAGACGCAUCUGGGGCGAUUGUUGUGUACGCGCCAGUUGAUAUCCCUGCGAUGCACUCUGUGAUGAACGGUGCAGAUUCUGCAUGCGUGGCUCUUCUUCCCUCAGGGUUUGCGAUUCUCCCGGAUGGUCAGGAAGGGUUGGAGGAAACCGGUUCGCUUCUCACUGUGGCGUUUCAGAUUCUUGUUAACUCUCUCCCUACUGCUAAACUCAACAUGGAAUCGAUUGAGACCGUUAAUAAUCUGAUAUCGUGCACCGUUCAGAAAAUCAGAGCCGCUCUUCGGUGCGACAGCAAGUAG